UGAUAUGUGAGCCCCACACCGGUCAACCAUGCUUUUCUUCUGUUUUUCCCCUACCAUCACCUGCCUCCACUGUAGAAAGAUCACCCCCCCUUGUCUCAUCACAUAGCUGAACUUCACCUCUUCACAAUCAUACUCAACCUCUUCUUUUGCCACAACAGAAGCCAUUCCUUGGUAUGGAAAAUGUCAGAAGGUCCAAGCUUCAAGAGGCUAAGGUUCUCUUCUUCUUCUUCAUCUUGCUACAACUUUGGAAAGCUUGAUUGGUUGGAGGUUGGAGAGGAAGCUCUAGAGUGGAGUGGCUUAUUCUCUAUAGCUAUUUGGGUUUUGAAGGAGGAUUGUCUUAGUUUGUGGGAGUAAGUUGGAGUGGAGCUUUUCCAACUUGGUCAGCACUCGUGACGGGUAUGGUACUAGUCAAUUUGGUGUUAAAACAUUGAGAUAUGCUAUUCGUCCCGAUGGAUGCCCCCAAAUUCGUCUCCCGAACGACGUGGCGACCCACGUGACCACAUUCUCUCUUUCCUCGUCAGCCUAAUGAAAAAAAAUAAAAAGAAAAGAGAAAUUUUUGGUCAAAGUAGCUGGGCCCUACCUCAUCAGCUCAUUUCACUUCAAUGUAAAAGAAAAACUGGUCCAUGCCUACAAGCUUCAUCCCUUUGCUCCCAUCUCCAUCUCCUUGCUCUCAUGUUUCCUUCCUCUUUACCUCAGUAUUUCUUGUGUCACCUCACUUCCCAAAGCUCGCCGCCGUGAUCUCCGUCGUUUUCCCUACUCCAGUACCCCUGCCCUGACUUCCGGCGCGACGGCUCUUGCCCUCGUGGUGACGACUGCAACCUCGCCCACGGCAUCUUCGAGUAUCACUCUACUCUUCAGGAAGACAACGACUAUCUAGGCCUGCGACUUCCGGCGAUUUCCGGCGACCUCCCACUUUCAAGUAUCAAUUAGCUCUCUCUAUCUCCAUGGUAUUGACUCAUUUUUUCUUUGGUUCUUCACUGCUUCACUACCCAUGAUUCUGAUAAGAAACAUGAUUUUCAUGGAUUAGGAUUUCUUUUGGUAUUGAUUUGAACCUUGUGGGAAAAAAUAUGGAUCUUUCUUACAAUUAAUCAAUUAAACAUAAUUUGCUUAUGUUACUUUGUUUCACUUAUAGACCAAAUAUUUGUGUUAUUUAAGGUUAGGAUUUAUCUUGCUUUUCAUUAAUUGGAAGUGCAUAUUUCAUUAGAACAUUAACAUAGGGAUCACAAUCUCAUUUAGUAGAUUUAUUAAUUGACUGUCAGGCAGCCUUUCUAACUUUUCACUGCUUAUAAUGAGAAGGCUAUAUGUCCAUCUCUGAACACAUUCCUCUUCAAAAAUAGUUGACAUUUAUUCAGUGUUCUGCCAAUUAUUUAUCUGGAACAUUGUAAACGAAGAUUCCCUUAGUAAUGACAUCUUUUUUUGUUCUUCCUUUAUGGUAUAAUUAUCAAUAGAUCCAUUUCUUCCUUUAUGGUAUAAUUAUCAAUAGAUCCAGACUGUAUAGAUUUAUGGCAUAUAAGGAAAGAAAGUUGGUUCUUUGAAUGAUGUUAAGCAUUAUAUCAUAUUGAAAUGCAGGCAAAUAAUCAACUUAUGGUAUUGAACCAAUUAUUAUUGACUCUUUUUUUUAUUCCGGUAUCAUAUUCAGUUAGAACAUAUCAUAUUCAGUUAGAACAUAUAUACUAAACAUUUUUCGAUUACGGUGUAGUACUAUCAAUACUUAAUGCAAUAAUUGCCUCAUCUUGAGUUUACCCUUAAUUGAUAAUUUGUCAAUGCAGAUGAAAAAGAACACCUAGAAAAUUCAUUUUAUACUCAAGUAAAUCAUGAUAAUUAAAUAUUGGUUCAUGCAUCCAUCAUGGUCACAUUAUAUCAAAAUAUUAGAAAAUUAUCAAGCUGGCUAUAUAUCCAUCAUGGUCACAUUAUUUGUAAUGUAUUUUUGCAUUUCACAAAUCCAUCCUCAUUUUAUUUUAUUUGAUGAAAAGCAUAUUCUAGCUUGUUUAUAAUGCUUCAUUUUUUUUUUUCUCUUGUGAUAGAGCAUUAUUUAAUUCUUUAUAUCUAAAAUAAUAUUAAUUGAUACAAGUUGAUGCUAUUAAACCAGAUGGCAGAAUUAGAAAUUGGGUCUUCUGAAAAGAGGCAAAAUGAGAUAGAAGCUGGGUUUUCUAGUUUGGAAAUGUUAAACAAAGAUAAAGAAAAAAUAGUGGUUGUGGAAGAUUCAAUAUGUGAAAGAAUUACUCCAAAGGCGGGUAUGGUUUUCAAUUUUGAAGAGGAAGUCUAUGAUUUCUAUGUUAAUUAUGCACAACAACAAGGGUUUGGUAUUACAAAAAGAACUACAAAAUCAGGAGAUGACGAAAAAUUAAAAUAUUGCACACUUGCAUGUGUACAAGGUGGCAAAAGAACAUCUAUUGCAAAAGAUUCUUUUAAACCUAGGCUAUCUACCAAAACAAAUUGUCAAGCUAGGGUUAAUAUCAUUGUUGAUAACGAUGGGCAUUUUACGAUAUCCCGUAUCCAUUUUGAGCAUAAUCAUGCACUUAGUCCACAAAAAUCUCGUUUUAAAAAAUGCAACAAAAAAAUGGAUACAUAUGUCAAAAGGAGGCUUAAAUUAAAUGACCAAGCAGGUAUAGGUUUGAGCAAGAACUUUCAUUCCUUAGCUGUUGAAAAUGGUGGAUAUGAAAACUUGACAUAUACAGAAAAAGAUUGUCGAAAUUACAUUGCAAGGGCAAGGCAAUUCAGGCUUGGAGUUGGAGAUGCUGAAGCGCUUGGGAAUUAUUUUUCUCGCAUGCAAAAAAGAAAUCCAAAUUUUUUCCAUUUGAUUAAUAUGGAUGAGGAAGGACGACUAAGAAAUGUAUUCUGGGCAGAUGCAAGAUCUAUAGCAGCUUAUGAAGCUUUUGGUGAUGUCAUAUCUUUCGACACAACAUAUUUAACAAACAAGUAUGAUAUGUCGUUUGCUCCAUUUGUUCGGGUAAAUCAUCAUGGGCAAACUGUAUUACUUGGAUGCGGUCUACUGUCAAAGGAAGAUACAGAAACCUACAUUUGGUUGUUUAGAACUUGGUUGGAAUGCAUGUCAGGCAAGGCUCCUAAUGCUAUAAUUACUGAUCAGUGCAUGGCUAUUCAAGGUGCAGUUAGGACCGUCUUCCCAAAUUCUCAUCACCGUCUUUGUCUUUGGCAUAUUAUGAAAAAGAUUCCAGAGAAGCUUGGUGGACUAGUUCAUUACAAAGCAGUGAAGAAGAUUUUAAAGAGUAUCGUUUAUGAGUCAAUGAAUAUUCAAGAAUUUGAAGACGGUUGGCUGAAGAUGAUCGAGGACUAUAACCUUGAAAAAAUGGAUGGUUGAAUUCUUUAUACUUAAGUCGUCAUCGUUGGGCUCCUAUAUAUGUUAAAGAAGUUUUUUGGGCUGGAAUGUCUACUACUCAAAGGAGUGAAAGCAUAAAUGCUUUUUUUGAUGGCUAUGUCAGUCCAACAACAUCUCUAAAACAAUUUGUAGAGCAAUAUGAUAAUGCAUUGAAAAGUAAAAUUGAGAAGGAAAAUAAAGCUGAUUUUUCUUCUUUCAACUCCAAUUUUCCGACAUUAAUUGAUUGCCAUUUUGAGAAGCAACUACAACAAGCAUACACAAACGAAAUUUUUAAGUUGUUCCAAGAUGAGUUAAGAGGAAUGAUAUAUUGUAAUCUUGCAUUUAUCAACUCAGAUGGACCAAUAUGCACAUUUCAAGUGACAGACAUCCUCAGAGGAAAGGAAGGCGUACUCAGAAAGCAAGUGGUGUUUAAUGUCCAACACAAUGGUCUUGAAUUUGACAUCAAAUGCUCAUGCCAUUUAUUUGAGUUUAGAGGUAUUAUUUGUAGACAUAUUUGCAAAGUUCUUGUUGAGAAGAAUGUGAAGGAGAUCCCAUCUCAUUAUAUUUUGACCUGCUGGAGAAAGGAUGUUAAACACUGGCAUACUUAUGUAAAGAAUUGUUAUGAUGAGACACAAACUAUUGAGCAAAAAGUCCGAUACAAUAAAUUAUGUGCUCAUUUCUCUAAAGCUGCUGAAAUUGGAGUUGAAUCUGAUGAAAAAUAUAAUUUCUUAAUGAAUUGUGUGGACAAGGCAAUAGAGGAGCUCAUGGAUAAUGCACAUGGUUGGCCAAGUCAUUCAAAUCAACUUAUUUCACCAAUGAUAUUGGAGGAAGAUCAUGAGCAUGAUCAAUCAAAAUUUUCAACCACAAAGUUUCUAACCCCUUUAAAGGUGAGGAGUAAGGGUCAGUCACCAUCAAAGAGAAAAAAGUCAAAAGUUGAAGAGAUAAUUAGUAGACAUAAAAAAAAGAAAACUCAAAUGAAGGGUCAACACACAAGUUGAAACUUGUACUCAAGAAAGUGUGGUGAAUUCAAAUUCUCUUCCACAUGUAGUAAGUAUGCCUACUUAUAGUAACACAAUUGCAUCAAAUUCUAUUUCAGGGUUUGAGGCAGUUCAUGAAUGUUGACAAUGAAUUAGGAUCACACGUCACAACCGAUGAACUUGUAGCUGAGGUUUAGGAGAAUGGUUUCAGUGAUGGGGUUUAUGGUGUAUUUCUUUGAAUUUUUUUGCAAUGUCCUGAGUAGAACUGAAGCUCUAUGUAAAGAGUUUGGUAUUACUUUUGUAAUGCAUUGUCUUCAAUAUGCAUCUAUUUCUCAAAGAACUUGUAAGAUCGGGUGUUAACUCUUGUGUUAAUCAUGGUUAUUGUUUGGAAGUUUCAUGUAUUUUGUUCAACUUUUUUAUAUUCAACUUGGUAGUUUCCAGCAUUUCUUCAA